AUGACAGAGGGCAAAUCAGCAUUAGUAUUGAUACAUCCUGCGGUGACUACCACUCCAGAAAAAGUAAUCAAAGUGGCGCAAGAAGCUGCCUCUGAAGGUGUCAAUGUGGAGGAUCAGUUUCUAAUCAACAAACUCAAUGAUGAAUCUGCAACUUUGGCAAAAGGAAAGUAUGACGUUAUUUAUUAUAUUACACCGGAAUCAGCGGAGGAAAUAAAGUUCCCAUCAAAGCUUGUGCCAGUAAUAGCAGAUUCGUUAAAGGAUGGAGGACUAUUUUUCGGUCUCAGCGAUGUUUAUAAAGUCGAUGCUCUCAUUAAUGGGUUUGAUAUAAGUCGAGACAAGGAAAGGUAUGUUUGGAAGAAAAACAGUACAAAUCUGAGCCAAGGCCCCGCUGUUAUACCGUUAAAAGCAAGGAACAAGAACUCAGCUCCAAAGAACUUACCAAGAUUUAAAAAAUCGCCUAGCGCGAAACUACCUGUUUUCAAAAGAAAAUCCGAGGAGCCUGUUAAGAUUGCUAGACACAUCGACGAUUUGGAUGAUGAUUCCGAUGAAGAGGCUCAGCAGUUUAAAGCACAGUUUCUCAAAAAUUUAGAGGUUGCGGACGAGUUGAUCGAAGAAGAAGAGCUGAUAACAAAGAAUGAUCAAGAAAAUGAUGGAAUCACCAUGAUCACAUGUAAAAUGACCAAAACCAAGAGGAAGAAAGCCUGCAAGGACUGCACUUGUGGUCUAAAAGAGCAGGAAGAAAAUGAAGUUGAGGCUGUAAGGAAAAAGCAGGAUACCGUAGUGAAGCUGACUGACGAGGAUCUUACUGAGAUCGAUUUCACCAUCCAAGGUAAGAGAAUCGGUGGUUGCGGUUCUUGCUCCCUGGGAGAUGCAUUCAGAUGUUCUGGGUGUCCGUAUUUGGGACUUCCAGCUUUCAAGCCUGGUCAACCCAUCAACUUGAAUAGCAUCAUGGAUGAUUUAUAG